GAAACAACUACUGACUGGGACGCGCAAAUUGCAAUCGAGGGGUGUUACUGUCUCAUUGUAUAAAAACCCCUGUUUCCUCCCAAAUCCCUAACUCAAAUUCUUGUUCGUGUUCUUCUCUCUGAGGCUCUGACCAAAACAAAAAUAAAAUCUUGGGAAUUCGUCGGAAGAAAAAAAAAAAUGGACGCCAUUGAUUCAGUGUUUGAUCCGCUAAGAGAAUUCUCCAAGGACAGCGUUCGCCUCGUCAAGCGCUGUCAUAAGCCCGACCGCAAAGAGUUCACAAAGGUGGCGGUCCGUACGGCUAUCGGGUUCGUGGUCAUGGGGUUCGUUGGCUUCUUCGUGAAGCUCAUCUUCAUCCCGAUCAACAACAUCAUCGUCGGAUCUGGUUAAAGCGUUGGUAAAAUGUUUGUGGCGCAGGUCAUUUGGCAUUUUGAUAGAAGAUGAAAGUAAAGUUGGCAGUGAACAGUGAACACUAGGGAUAAGAUGUAGCACCACCAAGUGCAUAGGAUGUUUACAGUGUUUUAGACAUUUGUUUCUUCAAGCGAGUUGAAAUGAUGUUUCUGAAACAGAACUUCUCACUGUACUCUUCUCUCUUAGCUUGUGCUAUUGUAAUUCCAAGCAUGUUUUGAUCAUUUUGCAUUUUC